CUGUUGGCCGGUGAGUGAAACGGGAAGGCGGGUUGCUCUGGGGUUGAGAUUUUGGGACGCUGCGUGUCCGUCCGCUCGGCUCUCCUCCCGUGAGGGCGGGGGCGCGGGGCCGCUCUGCCGCGGCCGGGGACCCCGCAGCGGAGAAAAAUGGAUGAUGAUGAUGAUGAUGACAUUCCCCAGCUUUCAUCCCACGCCUUGGCUGCCCUCCAGGAGUUCUAUUUGGAACAGCAGCAGAGAGAGGGCAUGAAGACCUCCCAAGGGUUUAAUCAAUAUUCCAUUGGCUCAAUAGAGGAAGACUGGCAACUGAGCCAGUUUUGGUACAGCGAUGACACUGCCUCAUGCCUGGCUAAGGAAGCAGUUGUGGCAGCUGGAAAAGGUGGCAGGAUAGCAUGUAUUAGUGCACCAAGUGUGUACCAGAAACUGAAAGAACAGGAUGGUAAAGAUUUUUCAGUGUGUAUACUUGAGUAUGACAGAAGGUUUUCUGUAUAUGGAGAAGAAUUUAUCUUCUAUGACUACAACCACCCUUUGAACUUACCGGAAAAUCUCCUGCCACACAGUUUUGACAUUGUAAUAGCAGAUCCACCCUAUCUGUCGGAGGAAUGUCUUCAAAAAACUGCGGAGACCAUCAAGUACUUAACAAAAGGAAAGAUUCUGCUUUGCACAGGUGCAAUCAUGGAGGAACAGGCAGCAAAGCAUCUUGGUGUGAAGAUAUGCAAGUUUAUUCCAAAACACUCGCGAAAUUUAGCCAAUGAAUUUCGAUGUUACGUGAACUAUGCUUCUGGACUGGACUGAUUCUCCUUAGAAGAUCUGUAACUUUUUCAGUCAAGCUCUUUUCUGUUUUUUUUUAUCAGUGACUUCACAUUUCUCAGUGCUGAAAUACUCAGCUCCAAGUACCUUUUUCUGGGCUAGCUUUGAUCAACAUGGUGCGAUAGCCUCUCCCUUUUAAAUGCCUAAUCAUUUGCAGUUACUGUGGUUUGUAUCUUACCUACCGGGUACAUGGGGACCAAACAAUGCAGGUGCUGGAUAAUGGGAAAUUCUCUGUUAGAGUUUCAUUCUAGCUGGUAGUUUUUACCAUUCAAGGACUCUUCAGUGACCUCUCUGAAGUGAUUUUAGCUGAUUGGCUUAUAACAACACAUAGGUGCUUGCUUCACAGACAGCAGAACCGUGAUUGCAUAAGAAGUGAUGACUUGGUAGCUAUGGAAUGGUUGUCAAGAGCGUGAAUAGUGGUCUCCUUUCAAUCCUGAGAGACGUUUGUUCUGAACAUGUCAUGUGUUUUCAGCAGACUGCUGUUUUUAUUAAAGGUAACCAGAAAAUAGGUCUCCUUCUGGGGAGGCCUCUCCAGUUGCUUUUAAUCAGAAUCAGAACUACCUGCCAGUUGCCAAGUAAGAUAAGACCCACUGUUGUUGCCAGACUGGUGUUUUUAAAAACUUGUGGUUACUAUUUCACCUUUUCUCUAAAAUCUUGUCACAAACCCAGACUUUCUUUUUGUAAAAGAUGAGAUCUAUUUCGUCGUCGUUUACCACCAUAUAAACUUGUGUAUGUAUGUAUGCUGUACUAGAGAAAAAGUAGUUUGUUACGUCUCUUUGCACAAGUAUGGUGCAUUUAUUUUGCAAUGUUUAUUUGUUAGAGCAACAAUAAGUCAUGAGCUUUUAAAAUCCCACACAGCUAGGCUCUUCUAUUUACUAGUUAAGCUAAUCUCCAGAGGUGGUAUAAACCUGAUGUUUCCUUGAAAGAAGCACAAUAAGGAUUUCCCCAUUAGCGAGAACUUUACCUUCACGCAAAUCCUAUAUAUUAGUGAGGCCAAAUCACCUGAAAUACAAAGUAAUUACUGAAUAAAAAUGCAACACAUCAGCCAGCCCUUGCCUUAGUGCUUCAGACUGUUCAUGGGUUCUCCCUUUGAGUUACUCUUACUCUUGGUUAUAAGAUACUUGUGUGGUAAUGUGACCCAUACAUGUUGGUCCCUUAAAUCUUGAUUCAUAAUGGAUCUGAUUAAAUAUAAUGCUUGCUCUUUACCGCUGGAGCUGACUUACAGGUAUGUCCAUUUUGUGACUACAAGAACAGUCCUUUUUUCCAGUUGCCCAGUUUUAUCCUUACCUCCUGUUCCACUGACAGCAGCAGAGCAGUAGAAUACAAGUGUCUUAGAAAUCAUUGAACUUUACAAGGCCACUGAGGCAUAACAUAAUGUAUUGAUAAACUCCUACUGUUUCUAAUAGACGAAUAUUAAAUUUUAUAUACCAGGCUUGGGCUAUAUUUCAAUCAAUUUCAAUCAAAACAGAUGAUACAUUAGAAAAACUUUUGCUUUGGGGUAGUAGAGAUUUUUGUUACUGGGAAUUUUUAAAGCUGGUUUUGACUAACCUUUGGCCACACUACUAAUGUAUUUUUGGGUGAAAACUGGUUCAUAAAUUCCAAGGUACUAAUCAGUUUUAUCAGCUAUAAGUACUAUACAAAACGUAAGUACUUGUAUUUAUAUGCCAUAUUUAUAUAUUGAGAUUUUGUAACAGAAAUGCUGUGUCUGCAAAAUGAAGUAUUAAAUUUAUUUUGCAGUGGGGAUAAACCUAAUCAAGCUUGUGAGACAAGGCUUUUAAUGAGGUAGAGAUAAUACUCAUGUUUAUGUGCAUUUCUGCUGUUUUGAUGCACAUCUUGCCAUCUGGUAAACACAUGAGCUGAAAUAAUGCAGAUGAACUAUAAUCCUCUCUCAGUGCUCAGAGAUCGUGCUUCCUGAGCUGGACAUGAUGCUGCCUCAGAAAUACCCACCCAAGCCACUGUUGCUCUCUUCCCCACUUUCCCAGAGAUGUGUUCGCUUCCUAAGCCUUUUUACCUGCCUCACAUUUUGUAUCUGCUGCUUUCUCCUCUGUCUCCCCCCAUAUCGCGUUCCUGAGUUUCAUGGUACCAGUUUUCCCUUUCGCACACCGUGGUUUCUAUCAGAGCAGUAACAGGUAUUGUGAGAACAAGCACAGGGCAGGGGAAGAGCUCAUGGGGAGGCCGAGUCUCUCCCGACAGCCUCUGUGAGCCAGCGGCUGGUUCAGUUUUGCCUUUCAAACCAGAAGCCGUCACUGCUGCGGAGCCCAAUAACGCCAGAAUCUCCCUGAAAAUGGGUGCCCCCAGGUGACACACAGCUGGGGCUGGCUGUGUUCCCAGAGGCUACGCCUUUACUUUCACAUGGUCAGUUUCAAAAUAAAGCAAACCAGAAUGUUAGAUGCA